AUGGCGAGAGAAACUACUUGGUUAAGCAGACUCAAAUCACAAAUUUCUCACAAACUUAUUCAUCCAACUACAAAACUAGCUAGAUCAAAAUCUAGGAAUGUUGGAGUUUUAGCUUUUGAGAUUGCUGGUCUUUUUUCCAAGCUUCUUGCGCUACACCAAUCUUUAUCUGAUAGGAAUAUUGUCCGUCUUAAGAAUGAGGCUAUCGCCCUCGAAGGAGUUCGAAAGAUAGUCUCUAAUGACGAGUCUUUCCUUCUUGGGUUGGCAUGUGCCGAGAUGGUUCAGAAUCUUCAUGUUAUUUGUAAGGCCGUAGCACGGUUGAGUGACCGUGCUACGGAUCCUACACUCCGGUCUUUUUUGGAGUGUUUGGAGGAUUUUGCUAGCACAGGGCGGGACCAUCAUAAUUGGGCCGCCCUGUGCGGGAAGGACCUAGAAGGGUUGGUCCGGAGGAUAGACCGGUACAUCGCAGCUACAGCUGCGCUGUACCGGGAGAUAGAGGAGCUAAACUCAAUACAAAAUAGUUUAAAGAAAACGCCUCCGGAAGGCGCGUUAGAGGUCCAGCAGAAAGUAGUGUGGCAAAAGCAGGAAAUCAAGUACGUGAAAGAGAAAUCGCUUUGGAACCGAAGUUAUGAUUCGGUUGUCCUUCUUUUGGCUCGUUUAAUAUUUACUGUCCUUGCAAGAAUUAAGUUUGUGUUCAGGAUCGGACAGAGUUACUACCCUCAUCCAAGCACGCUUCCCAGGAGUCUCUCUGCUUCGGCUACUGUAUUUCCUUCAUCGGAUCUUAGUGGCAACCAUAAUUCUUAUGUGUCAGGGCCGUUAACAUCCACCCCACUCCGCCUCAACAAGAGGAUGACUACAAUUGGAUCAGGGACUGGAAAUAGAGUUGGGUUCUUUGAGUCUAGAACCAAGGACUUGACGCCACCCCCUACUACUUUGGGAGCGGCAGCCUUGGCGUUGCACUACUCUAACUUGAUCAUUGUCCUAGAGAAGAUGAUCAAGUCACCUCACUUGGUGGGGCUAGACGCGAGGGAGGAUGUUUAUGCUAUGCUCCCAAAUAGCAUAAGAUCCUCUCUACGUGCCAGGCUAAAGGGGGUCGGGUUCUCAGCAACCGACCCCGUUUUAGCCGCAGAGUGGAGGGACGCCCUCGGGCGAAUCCUCACUUGGUUGGGUCCAUUAGCACAUAACAUGAUCAAGUGGCAAAAUGAAAGAAGCUUUGAACAACAAAAUCUAAUGCCGAAAUCAACCAAUGUUUUGUUAUUACAAACACUAUAUUUUGCCAACAAAGACAAAACUGAAGCUGCUAUUACAGAAUUACUAGUUGGGUUGAAUUACAUAUGGCGAUUCGAGCGCGAAAUGAAUGCAAAAGCCUUGCUAGAAUGCUCCAACUUCUUCUUCAACACCAAAAGUAGUUCUCCUAUCAAUAAUCUACAAUCUUAG